AUGUUGCAGCAUACAGAAGAAAAUAUUUUAGAAGGGGACCUUUGUAAUAUAAAAUACUAUUUCGAAUUUUUAGCUAUAAAUAAAGAAGUAUGUGGCGUAGUGCAAGAUGCACCCCUAGAUUUGAGCUGCCGCGGGUCUGAACAAAAAUUAAAGUUGGCAAAUUCUUCUAAGUUUCAAAGAUGUUUGCCAUGUCAAACGUGUGGAAAAAGUUUUGAUAGACCUUCUUUACUCAAAAGACAUCUACGGACUCAUACAGGUGAAAAACCACAUGGUUGCACAGUAUGCGGAAAAAUGUUCAGUACAAGCAGUUCUUUGAAUACACACGUCAGAAUUCACACUGGAGAACGUCCACACGAAUGUCCCAUUUGUGGAAAACGUUUUACUGCAUCAUCGAAUUUGUAUUACCAUAGAAUGACUCAUUACAAGGAAAAGCCUCAUAAAUGCAAUGAAUGUGGUCGUUCUUUUCCAACCCCUGGCGACUUAAGGGCCCAUGGGUAUUCCCAUAGCGGUAAUUGGCCGAUGCGAUGUCUGAUCUGCAAUCGAGGAUUCUGUAAGCCUGGGGCUCUACAUCAUCAUAUGCAAUUACAUACUGGAAAUCGUCCAUAUCGCUGUAACAUAUGUAAAAAACAGUUUUCCUUAAUCAGUAAUUUACGCUCACAUGAACGAUCUCAUGAUCUUGAUAUGUCAAUUGCAAGUGUUAGUAAUUACUCAAGUAUGGAAAGUAAAGUGCCAACAAUGAGUACGAUUAAAUUUGAGGAUACAAGUAAAAAUCACUUACAAUUUCCAACCAUUUAUUCGUGGUCUUCUUGGGUACCUAUACAUUAUCCAAAGUAA